AUGCCGCGUCUGAGCAAUGAUGAGUUUCUUGCUGAGAUGGGCAAGCUCCUUCGCAAGGCUGGCGAGAAGGACAACCCGUCGUCUGUCUCGCUCACCAUGAAGCACGUCGUGGAAGAGGUGGUGCAGAACAAGGGUAAGAAGAACGAGAACGUGGUGGAGGAGGCAAGAUGCCUCAUCCGGGCUCGGUCUGGCAAGUGCAAGAUCUCCACGGUUGUCCGCCCUCGGAACAGGGUUCAGUUCUCCAUCGCCUACUCGACCAUUCUCAAGUCGAACCUCAAGUCGCUUAGCUCCCAUUAG